CGCCCAAACCUCUUCGUUUGUCCUCGUCAAUGGCGAAGCAAAUCAGUACUGAGAGAGAUGGCAAAAAGCCGGACUUGGAGCUCCAAUUUCUCGACACGUAUUUACUUAUUUCUUCCUUCUCCUCUCCUAAAAGCAGCUCUCCAUUUCAUUUUAUCUCUCGCCUUCUCUUCUCUCGAGACAAGUCCAGCUUCUGUUUCAGUGUGUGGAGUAACUCUGCAGAUAAAUUUCAGCCAUACCUAGGUUCCACGUAUCAACAAUGGAGCAACUACGACAAGUUGGGGAAGCCAUUGGAAGUCUCAACGCUUACAAGGUGUUCCAAGAUGAGAUACAGAUCAACCAAAGGCAAUGCUGCUUGCUCAUUGAUGCUUUCAACCUCGCCUUUGACGUCAUUACUGAUGAGAUAAAGCAGCACCUAAGCUAUGACGAAAAUCGAAUAAAAUGGAAGGAACUUGAAAACCCAUUGAAAGAGCUCCACAGGGUGAUCAAAGAAGGUGAGUACUACGUUAAGAAAUGCUUGGAACCUAAAAGCUGGUGGGUAAAGGCCCUUAGCCUCAACUUAAACACAGACUGUGUUGAUUUCCAUCUGCACAACUUGUUGUGGUGCUUGUUUAUUGUUGUUGAGGCCAUUGAGAAUGUAGGAGAAAUUAGCGGCCAAGACACUGACACCAUUCAGUGGAAAAUAACUGCUUUCUGGAAGAAGUACGAGCAGUCGUGGAUGGAACCAAAACUCUUCUUCCAUCGUUUUGCAAAGCUUUACUUGGUUUCUCAGGAGAUGUGCAGUUCUUUUAACAGUGUUGGGAAGGAAGACAGAUGGCUACUCACUGAGCAGAUAUCUGAGAAGGAGACCUCCAUUGCUUUAAAAACGCAUGAAAGCCAGGUUGCUGAGCUUCUGUUGGCUCCAAGGGAUACGCUGCACCCCAUGUCAAUGAUUUUGGAAUCAAAAAAAUUCCAACAAGGAAGAAGAUUAGGAAAUGGGAGUCAGUAUAAGGAGGCUGAAUGGAUGGGCGAAUCAUUUGCUCUUCAUCACUGCUUUUCUGAUUUGAAUUCCAUGUCACCUGAGAUCUCUCUUCUUACUUCAGUCAUGCACCCCAAUGUAUUGAACUAUAUGUAUGCUUUCUCAGAUGAGGCAAGGGUGGAGUAUUAUGUUCUUAUGGAGCUCAUGAACAAGAACCUGCUCAAAUACAUAGGCGAAGUUAGUUCUGCAAGAAGAAGAAUUCCUUUCCCUCUACAUGUUGCAGUAGACAUUAUGCUUCAAAUUGCGAGAGGGAUGGAGUAUUUGCAUUCCAAGAAGCUGUAUCACGGAGAUCUAAAGCCUACAAAUAUUCUCGUCAAGGCGAGAAGCCCCCCAUCAGACGGUUACUUGCAUGCUAAAAUCACCGGAUUUGGGAAAUCAAGUAAUAAAAACAAAUGGCAUUCGCAGAAAUCAACGAUGCAAACAGACAAGAAUCACUGGAUCUGGAACGCACCUGAAGUAUUGCGGGAACAGGAGCAGUUCUCGACCUCCCAAUCUGCAAGGUUUACCGAGAAGGCCGAUGUUUACAGCUUCGCAAUGAUUUGCUUUCAGCUGCUCACCGGCAAAAUCCCGUUUGAUGAUGAUCACAUGCAAGGGGAGAACGUGAUCAGGAACAUAAAAGAAGGGCUGAGGCCAUUGUUCACUCCUGAUCCUCCGAAGUUCCUCAGCAAUCUCACCAAGAAAUGCUGGCAUUCCGAUCCAUCGCAGCGGCCGAGCUUCUCAUCCAUAUGCCGCGUGCUUCGUUACACCAAGAGGCUCCUCAUCAAGAACCCAGAUGUCAACCUGAACCCUCCUGUCGAUUACUUCGACAUCGAAAUGUCCCUGUUGACGAAAUUUGAAUCGUGGACGACAGCGGAGGAGGCGAGGGUUUCGGAGGUUCCAUGGCAGAUGUUCUGCUACAGUGUUUUGGAGAGGCAGAGAAUGGGGAAGAAUCCAUUGGAGAAACCAUCGGAGACGGAAAGCGAACAAAAAUCUGCUUGUGGAGAUGAGGCUGCGUUGCAGAGGUUGAUUCAGGAGAAGGUUUCUAAAGCCGACAUUCUUACGAAGUCGUCGUCUCUGACGAAGCUGGACAUGGAGCCCAAAAGUCCCACACCGCGAAGUCCCGGAACUCCCAGUAGGUUCUCGGGGCAGAAGCCGAAAGAGACACCAAGAAGACAACCUCAGGCUCUGAUUCGCGAACGAAGUCAGAAGAAGAUAGCUGAAAGCCCUUUACGUAAAUCCAGUUCCGCUAGAAGAACUUCAUCAGACAGCCUUUCGACAGAAGCCGAUGCUCCAUAGCUUCAAAGAAAUAUGUUUUAUAGUAUGCUCAGAGAGCCCUUUGGAGACUCAAUGUUUCUCAUUUUCUCCUAAUUUUCUUUUUUAUGAUUUUUAGCUGUUUGCUACACUUUUUGCUGUUUUUUUGGUAUUGUUUUUCUUCAUUUUUACAUUGAUGAUCUGCAGACAGUGCUGAUACAUGUUUUUGCUUUGUUUUUUAGGGAGCCAUUGAU